AGAGUUAGUGCUAUGUCUCUUUGUGGAUUAUGCUGACUUUUGGCUUUAAUGAUAGAUCAAGAUCCGGGUUAUGGCCAUUGUAUUCUCUUGCCGGAGUUCGGACGAUAGAGCCUUUUCAUUUCUCAGUUCACAAAGGAUCAUCUGGGUCUUUUCCAAAUUUCCAGUUUGAGUAAAAAAUGGGGAGUGUUAAUGAAGAGAAGUUGAGGUUUUGUAUUGACAGAGGUGGCACUUUUACUGAUGUUUAUGCUGAAAUCCCUGGCCAAUCCGAUGGCCGGGUUCUUAAGCUUUUGUCAGUUGACCCAUUAAACUAUGACGAUGCUCCGAUUGAGGGUAUCCGUAGAAUUCUUGAGGAGUACACGGGGGAGAAAAUUCCUAGAACUGCCAAAAUCCCCACUGAUAAGAUUGAGUGGAUAAGGAUGGGGACAACUGUGGCAACCAAUGCCCUUCUGGAGAGGAAAGGGGAGAGAAUUGCUUUGUGUGUCACUAAGGGUUUUAGGGAUUUGUUACAGAUUGGUGAUCAGGCUCGGCCCCAUAUUUUUGACCUUACUGCUACAAAACCCUCCAAUCUUUAUGAGGAAGUUGUUGAGGUUGAUGAGAGGGUUGAGCUAGUUCUUGAAGAGGAUAAAGGGAAUAAGGAUUCUUCUUUCGUUCAAGGGGUUUCGGGUGAGCUUGUUAGGGUUGUAAAGCCACUUAAUCAAGAAACUAUGAAGCCUUUACUGAAAGGGUUACUGGAUAAGGGAAUAAGCUGUUUGGCUGUUGUGUUAAUGCAUUCUUACACCUACCCUCAUCAUGAAAUUUCUGUGGAGAAGUUGGCCAUGAGCUUGGGUUUCAGACAUGUUUCUUGUUCUUCUGCUUUGACUCCCAUGGUUCGUGCUGUUCCUCGGGGUUUAACAGCCAGUGUGGAUGCCUACCUGACCCCUGUAGUUAAAGAUUACUUGUCAGGAUUCAUGUCUAGAUUUGAUGAAGGACUUGGAAAGGUGAAUGUUUUGUUUAUGCAAUCAGAUGGAGGACUUGCACCAGAAAGUAGAUUUUCAGGGCAUAAGGCAGUUUUGUCUGGUCCUGCAGGUGGAGUUGUUGGCUACUCACAGACUCUUUUUGGACUUGAAACAGAAAAGCCCUUGAUUGGGUUUGAUAUGGGUGGUACAUCAACUGAUGUUAGCCGCUAUGCUGGAAGCUAUGAACAAGUAAUAGAGACAAAAAUUGCUGGUGCUAUAAUACAAGCUCCUCAGCUUGACAUAAACACUGUUGCUGCUGGUGGAGGAUCAAAGUUGAAGUUUCAAUUUGGAGCCUUCCGAGUUGGACCACAAUCAGUGGGAGCUCAUCCUGGACCUGUGUGUUAUCGAAAAGGUGGAGAAUUGGCAGUUACAGAUGCAAACCUGAUUCUGGGUUUUGUUAUUCCUGAUUAUUUUCCAGCUAUCUUUGGCCCUAAUGAGGACCAACCUUUAGACAUCAAGGCAACCAGGAAAGAAUUUGAGAAGCUUGCAGGGCAAAUAAAUUCCUAUAGAAAGAGCCAAGAUCCAUCUGCGAAGGACAUGACAGUGGAGGAAAUUGCACUAGGUUUUGUGAAUGUUGCUAAUGAGACAAUGUGCCGUCCUAUUCGUCAGUUAACUGAAAUGAAGGGCCAUGAAACAAGGAACCAUGCUCUUGCUUGCUUUGGAGGUGCUGGGCCACAGCAUGCAUGUGCCAUAGCUAGGUCACUGGGUAUGACAGAGGUGCUCAUUCACCGGUUUUGUGGAAUCUUAAGUGCAUAUGGUAUGGGAUUGGCAGAUGUUGUUGAAGAGGCACAAGAGCCCUAUGCUGCUGUAUAUGGUCCUGAAUCCAUUCUAGAGGCCUCUUGCCGAGAAGCUUUGCUGUUGAAGCAGGUGAGGCACAAGCUUCAAGAGCAGGCAUUCAGUGAGGAAAAUAUAAGAACUGAGACAUAUCUAAAUUUAAGGUAUGAAGGUACUGAUACAGCUAUCAUGGUAAAGAGAAAAAUUGCUGAAGAUGGAUCUAGAGGUGACUAUGCUGAGGAAUUUGUUAGGCUUUUCCAACAGGAGUAUGGAUUUAAGCUGCAGAAUAGGAAUAUCCUUAUAUGUGAUGUUCGAGUUCGUGGAGUAGGAGUCGCUAAUAUAUUGAAGCCACGGGAUUUAGAACCUGCCUCAUGUGACCCUAGAGUUGAAGGCCACUACAAAGUCUAUUUUGGGAAUGGGUGGCAUGACACACCACUAUUCAAACUUGAGAAUCUGGGAUAUGGGCAUGUUAUGCUUGGCCCUGCAAUCAUCAUGAAUGGAAGUAGUACAGUGAUAGUAGAACCUAAAUGUAAAGCUAUCAUAACCAAAUAUGGAAAUAUUAAGAUUAAAAUUGAAUCUUCAGUGAACACUGUGAAAGUUGCAGAAAAUGUUGCAGAUGUUGUGCAACUUUCAAUAUUUAACCACAGGUUUAUGGGAAUAGCUGAACAGAUGGGACGAACCCUCCAGCGCACUUCUAUCUCAACAAAUAUCAAGGAGAGGCUAGACUUCUCUUGUGCUCUCUUUGGUCCUGAUGGGGGACUAGUAGCCAAUGCUCCUCAUGUUCCUGUGCAUCUAGGAGCCAUGUCCAGUACUGUCCAGUGGCAGCUCAAUUACUGGGGUGACAAUCUGAAUGAAGGAGAUGUUCUGGUCACCAAUCAUCCAUGUGCUGGAGGUAGCCAUCUUCCUGAUAUAACCGUGAUAACACCUGUCUUUGAUAAUGGGAAACUAGUGUUUUUUGUGGCAAGCAGAGGUCAUCAUGCUGAGAUUGGUGGUGUUACACCGGGAAGCAUGCCACCUUUCUCAAAAUCCAUUUGGGAAGAAGGAGCUGCCAUAAAAGCAUUUAAGCUUGUGCAAAAGGGGGUUUUCCAGGAAGAAGGAAUAAUCAAACUUCUCCAGUUCCCUGGUGCUGAUGAAUUAGCUCAUAAAAUCCCAGGAACACGCCGGCUUCAAGAUAAUCUAUCAGAUCUUCGGGCACAAGUGGCUGCCAACCAGAGGGGAAUCAUCCUAAUUAAAGAACUUAUUGCGCAGUAUGGUUUGGAUACAGUUCAGGCUUACAUGACUUAUGUGCAGCUUAAUGCAGAAGAAGCAGUGAGAGAGAUGCUUAAAUCAGUUGCUGCUAAAGUUUCAUCUCAGUCUACUAAACUUGGAGAUGGAAAAUCUGUUAACAUUGAAGAAGAGGAUUACAUGGAUGAUGGAUCUGUCAUUCAUUUAAAACUAUCAAUUGAUUCUGAUAAAGGAGAAGCAACUUUUGAUUUUAGUAGAACUAGUGCCGAAGUUUAUGGCAACUGGAAUGCUCCAGAAGCAGUCACUGCUGCUGCUGUCAUAUACUGUCUCCGUUGUUUGGUUGAUGUUGAUAUUCCUCUCAAUCAAGGUUGUCUGGCUCCUGUUAAGAUCCAUAUACCUGCUGGUUCGUUCCUCUCUCCUAGCGAUAAAGCUGCUGUUGUAGGAGGUAACGUUCUCACAUCUCAGAGAGUAACUGAUGUUGUACUGACUGCAUUUCAGGCAUGUGCAUGUUCUCAGGGUUGUAUGAAUAAUCUCACUUUUGGUGACAACACUUUUGGUUACUAUGAAACAAUUGGUGGGGGAAGCGGGGCUGGUCCUAGCUGGGACGGGACUAGUGGAGUCCAGUGCCAUAUGACCAAUACUCGAAUGACUGAUCCAGAAAUUUUUGAACAGAGAUAUCCUGUUAUUCUGCACAAGUUUGGAAUUAGAGAGAACAGUGGGGGAGAUGGACUUCAUAGAGGGGGUGAUGGACUUGUGAGGGAGAUAGAGUUUAGACACCCAGUUGUUGUCAGCAUUCUGUCAGAAAGGCGUGUACAUGCACCAAGAGGAUUAAAAGGAGGAAGAGAUGGAGCUCGUGGGGCUAACUACCUUGUAACAAAAGAUAAACGGAGAAUUUAUCUUGGGGGUAAGAACACGGUUGAGGUGCAAGCAGGAGAAAUUCUUCAGAUUUUAACACCAGGUGGUGGUGGUUUUGGCUAUUCUCCUUGACUAAAUUCUACCUGACAACAUUGCUCUGGUAAGUCCGAUCUACAAGUUGCUUUUAAUCCUAUGAAGCAGCCCUAAAUGGGGUUGAUUCACAUUAUCAAACAUCUUUUAUUGCUUGUUACUGAUCAUGACGUGAAAGUUGCUUUGACUUAGAACAAUCCACUUAUUAUGACUGUUUAAUCCUUAAUGGAGGGUUAGACACUUUAAAUGUGUUUUCUUUGAUAUAUUGGGCUGCAGUCCGGUUGGUCAUGUUACAUUGUUUUAGGAUUUUCUCAGGUUAGUGAGCAUUUAUUAGGAUAUCAAACACUAAUUUUUUUAUCAGCAAUUAAGGUAUAUCAAACACUAAUUAAGUUUUCUUUCAUGGGUUGAGUGACAGUUUUAGUGAGUGUUUUUUACUUUCUAUCAAAACUAAAAUGCCCUCAGUUAC